CACUGGUAGAGGCGUGCAGCGAGGUCGCUUAUGUACUCUAUCCGCAACGCCUUCCCAGGGCGUCACAUCCGCUUCGCCUCGGUCUGCACACCCUCCAUCUCUUGCUCAUGCGGAAUAUUCGCAUCCGCAUAUCUCUCCGUUCUCGUUCGAACAUACCGACAGCAUCGACGUCCUAUACAUCUCCGUCGACUGCCUCGUCUUGCGUUGUCCCGUCUUCCAUCUUCCAGCCCUUGCCAUCCCACAAACCGGGUCCUACUGGUCGCCGUCACACAGUCACCGAACGGGCCCGCAACGACGACGCGGCUCUAACAGACUAUCGUUUCGGUCCAAUCAGAAUUGACUGGGUCGACUGCGCGUUCGAGACCAUGAGCGUCGCAGGGUCGAAGAAAGCCGGAGUCGGAAAGGAGAAGGCUACGGAUGCGCGCCGCAAAGAACCUGUGGUAGCUACAUUCAGCCCAUCCGCAUCUCACUCGGCGACGUCUGGGUCAACAAAUCUACCUGAGGGCAUCGUACAUAUCUACCGCGAUGUCGCAGGUAUUGAGGAGUCUGGAGCGUUGACAAAUGACGGCGCCUCGCCUGGCCCCGAGGACUCGAAGGACUCCGCACCCAAAGUUGUGUCCGACAGUCAAGGGCUCAUCCUCGCAGUCUUGGCUGUACCGGCAUGGAUGACACCGUCCGACUUUUUGGCUUUCGUAGCUCCAGCCACCGAUGGUAUCUCUCUGCUGAGGAUGAUACGGGAUUCCGCUCCGAAUCGAUCCAUCGUUCUGCUCAAGUUCAGGGAAGCGUCCCAUGCCUCGCAGUUCAUCGAAUCAUAUAACGGGAAGCCAUUCAACUCAAUGGAGCCGGAGACAUGUCAUGUCGUCCGCGUUCUGUCUGUCACUAUUGACAGUGAUGAAUCCCUCACCGAAAGCCUCAUGCGCGAGAAUGCGCAACAUAGCUCAGAUGCGGUGUAUGAGCUGCCGACAUGCCCCGUCUGCCUCGAACGGAUGGAUUCAGCGGUUACUGGCUUAGUCACCGUCCCGUGCUCACACACCUUCCACUGUGCCUGUUUGAGCAAAUGGGGUGACAGCAGGUGCCCGGUGUGCCGCUACUCCCAGACGUUACUAUCAUCCCAUCCACCAGCGAGCAGCGCUGCUAGCCGGCCCAUCGCGUUCUCCAGUUCACCGCCGUCAGCCCACUGUGUUGAAUGCGAGAGCACGACCAACCUAUGGAUCUGUCUCAUCUGCGGUCACAUCGGCUGCGGCCGAUACGGCCGCGCUCAUGCUUAUGGUCACUACUCGCGGACGACUCAUCUAUACGCCCUGGAGCUAGAGACGCAGCGCGUUUGGGAUUAUGCGGGCGAUGGUUACGUCCAUCGCCUCAUCCAGAACAAGGCUGAUGGCAAGCUUGUCGAGCUUCCUUCCGCCUCGUCGGCGAUCGGUUCCCAAGCAUCCCGUGGCGUCUCUGGAGAUCGUCGCGGACCGAGUCUCGAGGAUGCCCUGAGCGCCGAAAAGAUCGAAGCCAUCGGUAUCGAAUAUUCCUACCUGCUAACGUCACAACUCGACUCACAGCGCGCGUUCUACGAGGAGCAGAUAGUGGAUCUGCGGGGCAAAGUCGACGAACUGCAUACAACAGUCCAGCGACUGACCCAGGAGCGCGACGAAGAGAGGGAACGGGCGCAAAAUAACAUGACGGCGCGAAAAGUCGAAGAGAAUGCACAAAUUGCCAAAUUGCAAACAGAACUCUCAAAGGUGCACAAGAAAGCUGAGAGGACCGCAGAUCUGGUGACGCAACUGCACAAGGAAUUGAAAGAGGAGCGCGCGGUGAGCACAGGAUUGUUGGAAAAUCUGCAAAAAGCUCGGCGUGAGGUGGAUGUAGCGAAACAGGAAAAGCAGCUUCACUCACAGAGGAUUCAUGAGUUGGAGGAACAAGUGCGGGACAUCAUGUUUGCGCUUGAGGCAAGAAGUCAGAUUGAGCAAGGACAAGGAGUGGUUGCAGAGGCUGCAGGUGGAUCCAUAGCAAUAGGAUCACAUGUGAAGAGAGACAGGAGUAGUAGUAGGAAAUGAGAUUGAUUGUGCCCAGAUUUAAGAGAGAAAAAGAUGGCUAUGAC